UCGGAUCAGGAAUGCACGAAUGAUACACGGACGAGUCUGAACUUGAUUCUCUUGAUGUUGAGAAACAUACAGAAUUUCCGCCCAUCUCCAAGCAGCUAAAAUAAAAAUGAACUGGCUGUAUCAUGGAAGGAACAGCAGGCGCAUAAGGAACGAUUAAGAAAUGGAGAAUUCCACCUUUGUUAAAUGGGAGGGCCACAGUAUGCAGGCUCCUACUGAUCUGGGAUCAGCCUCUCUCCCUCCCUCCCUCACAGCUCAGACCAAGGGCAGUACUGUGGACUACAGAGAGCAGCAGCCUGCUGGUCUGAGAUCAGUGACUUGCCAUUCUAUCACAGCUCGGUCUGGAGACAAUGCACCACAGUUCAUUGGUUGUUCUGGAAACAUUAAUUUAAAUGGACUGCAAAGAAGCGGCGGAUCAGCAACUCCGGAAAAUUCAGAAAAGCACUUCAUUGACCUCCACCGCACAGCCCUGAUCGAGAGAGUCAGCAACGUGACCGCCAUCCUUGACCGACUCCUGGACCGCAGGGUCGUCACCCAAAGGGGGUAUAACGAGAUUCAGUCAGAAAGCACCAGUCAGAAUAAGAUGGGAAAACUCCUGAGCGGUCCCAUUCAUUCCGGUGGUAGAAGAGCUAAAGAUGUGCUAUUUGAGAUCCUGGAGACACAAGAGCCCUUCCUCAUGGAGGAACUGAAGGCACUCCGGAAGUGAAGAGCCUCUGGAUCAGGAGAAGAUGGGGGAAGACAGAAUUCACAGGACAAUUGUGUUGUGCGUUUUAAAGAAGAAAUCAAGCAAAGCAAUUCCUGUUUACUAAAUUUACAUUUAUUUCAAUAGAUUAUUAGAUGCGCAUGAUUUUGAGAGCAAAAACAAUGAUUUUGUUUUGGCUACUUAUGUUAGCUUACACAAUCUGAAAUAAAAAAAUACAUAAUGCAUGCA